GUCAUUGGCUCCCUGCGGUUUCCUUGGGGACGUGGCUGCACUUAGCCGGCUGGGAUUCUCCUUCCGGCUGAGCUGAGGGACGCGGGGAGCGAUCUGGACCAACCGAGAGGUGCAGAGGGAGCCUGCGGGCCGCUGGAUCCCGCUGCAGAUUUAAGAGAUGCCUGGGACAAGGAGGCCACAUUCUCAGGGCAAAAGAAAAAGGAGGUGACAGGUGUUGAGACUACCGCAGGGAACCCAUGGCUAGGAUCAGUUUUUCCUAUCUCUGCCCAGCCUCUUGGUACUUCACUGUGCCCACAGUGAGUCCAUUUCUCCGUCAGCGAGUGGCAUUCCUGGGACUUUUCUUCGUAUCCUGUCUCCUUUUACUUAUGCUAAUUGUGGACUUUAGACAUCGGACCGUUUCCUUACCACGAGACAGGCAAUAUGAAAGGUACUUGGCUCGAGUAGGGGAUCUGGAAGCUACUGACACCAAAGAUCCAAAUCUGAAUUACGGACUUGUUGUGGACUGUGGCAGCAGUGGUUCGCGGAUUUUUGUUUAUUUCUGGCCAAGACAUAAUGGGAACCCACAUGAUUUGCUGGACAUCAAACAGAUGAGAGACCGCAACAGUCAACCAGUGGUGAAAAAAAUCAAGCCAGGAAUCUCCGCAAUGGCAGACACUCCAGAGCAUGCCAGCGAUUACCUCCGUCCGCUGCUGAGCUUUGCUGCUGCUCACGUGCCUGUGGAGAAGCACCAGGAGACCCCCCUUUACAUCCUCUGCACAGCAGGCAUGAGGCUUCUCCCCGAGAGGAAGCAGCUGGCGAUCUUGGCUGAUCUAGUGAAGGACUUACCUCUGGAAUUUGACUUCCUCUUUUCACAGUCUCAGGCAGAAGUGAUCUCUGGGAAGCAGGAAGGGGUGUAUGCGUGGAUUGGAAUCAACUUCGUGUUGGGAAGAUUUGAUCAUGAGGAUGAAUCAGAUACUGAGGCUCCCCAGGAAUUGGCAAAUGGACGUAGAAGGACAGUCGGGAUACUGGAUAUGGGAGGAGCCUCUCUCCAAAUUGCUUAUGAAGUUCCUACCUCAACCUCUGGUCUUUCUCCACAGCAGGAAGAAGCUGCCAAGAUCCUGCUGGCUGAAUUCAACCUGGGCUGUGAUGCCCAACACACCGAACAUGUGUACAGGGUCUAUGUCACGACCUUUUUGGGUUUUGGUGGCAACUUUGCCCGGCAGCGCUAUGAAGACCUUGUGCUGAAUGAAACGCUUCACAAAAACAGGUUGCUGGGCCACAAGACGGGUCUGAGUCCUGAAAACCCAUUUCUAGAUCCUUGCCUGCCCGUGGGACUCACGGAUGUGGUAGAGAGAAACAGCCAGGUGCUGCACGUCCGAGGAAAAGGAGACUGGGUGACCUGUGGGGCCAUGCUGAGUCCCCUGCUGGCUCGCUCCAACACUAGCCAGGCCUCCCUAAACGGCAUCUACCAGUCACCCAUCAACUUCAACAACAGCGAGUUCUAUGGUUUCUCUGAGUUCUUUUACUGCACAGAGGAUGUGUUACGCAUCGGUGGCCGUUACCAUGGCCCAACAUUUGCCAGGGCUGCUCAGGAUUACUGUGGCAUGGCUUGGCCGGUACUAACUCAGAGGUUCAAGAAUGGCCUCUUCUCAUCACACGCGGACGAGCAUCGCCUCAAGUACCAGUGCUUUAAGUCAGCCUGGGUCUACCAAGUCCUUCAUGAAGGUUUCCACUUUCCCUAUGACUACCCAAACCUACAGACAGCCCAGCUGGUAUAUGACCGGGAGGUUCAGUGGACGCUGGGAGCCAUUCUGUAUAAAACACGGUUCUUACCACUCAGGGAUCUACGGCAGGAAGGUGUCCGACAGGCCCAUGGGAGCUGGUUCCGUCUGUCCUUUGUCUACAACCACUAUCUCUUCUUCGCCUGCAUCUUCGUGGUACUGCUGGCCAUCAUUCUGUACCUCCUGCGGCUGCGCCGAAUUCAUCGACGACAGGCUCGCACCUCAGCUCCUCUGAACUUGCUGUGGAUCGAAGAGAUGGUGCCCAUGAUUGGGGUACAGGUGGAGCCCUGAGGCUGGACCGAGACUGGAGACGCUUGACUACCCCAGAGUUGCUGCUCAUUGAGUUCCAACCAUUUUCUUAUACUGGCUUCAGAUGUUGCUUUGUGGAACCUCGGAUAUUUGGCUGUGAAAGUUCAACUUCACGUACAUCUGAAUACCCGAGGCCUCUUCUCUGAGAGAAGCUAUAAUUUAGUCUGUGAAGAACCAAAUAACUGAGAAAUCGGUGCUUACAAAGGGGACCAAUCCUAGCCCAACUGGGGCCUGUUCUCCUCUUCUGUCAGAGAGGUCCAGUCCUGGGAUCUAGCCUCUUCUCCCCUUGCUAAAGCAUAAAGGUUAGCAUUGGACAUGCUGG